AUGGCACCAGCUCUACUACAGGGUUUCCUGGUCAGGAGACAGAACAAUAUCAAUGGUGACUACGAAAACUGCGAUGCGUUUGGCUGCUACUCCACCUGGGAUAAUUGGGGACGAUGGGUUGCCCUUGCAGUGAUCAUCGUCGCCAUCAUUCUCCUCGCAUUCCUAUUCUCAUGCUUCAACAAUCGACGCAGACGUCAACGUGGAGCUCCCCCGAUGUACGGCACCGGCUGGAUGCCAUAUGGCAAACCACCACCAGGACACAAUCAAGCCUACUACAACUACAACCAAGCCGCUCCCCCGCCACCAUACAUGGGAAAUCAAGCUACUGGCACUACAUUCAAUAGCAAUGAGGGAUAUUACGGCCACCAUAACGUCCAACCGCAGACCGAAUACAAUCAGGACAUCGAGCUGCAACAGCCUCAGACGAGCUAUAUGCCUCAACGAGGUGGUGACCCAGUCUACGAAGCACCACAGGGUGCACCACCAAAGAAGGGAGACGGCAUCAUCAGAUGA